AUGAUCGCUUUACUCCUUAUAUCGGCCACUAUCGUGGCCCUCUCAAUAUUAUACUUCAUAGCCAAUAAGAAAUUAAAUUAUUGGGAGAAAAGAGGAGUUCCUUUUGAAAAACCGGUACCUAUAUUUGGAAAUUUUGCAGGAUACAUUUUAUUAAAAUCGUACUGGGGCAAAGCGACCCAGAAACUAUGUCAAAAAUUCCAAAAAGAACCAUAUUUCGGAGUGUACUAUGGGACGGAGCCCGCUUUAGUAGUACAAGAUCCGGAGCUGAUCAAACUCAUCACUACUAAGGAUUUCUACUACUUCAGCAGCAGAGAAAUAUCCAACUACACGCAUUUAGAAACCAUCACCCAGAACCUGUUUUUCACCCAAGGCAAUCGAUGGAAGGUGCUUCGGCAGAACCUGACGCCCCUCUUCUCGUCAUCCAAGAUGAAAAAUAUGUUUCACUUAAUCGAAAACUGUACGAAGACGUUCGAAAAUCUGCUUGAUGAGGAAACCAAUAAAUGUCCAGAACUUGAUAUCAGAGCGACGGCAGUGCGGUUUGCUAUGGACAGUAUCACUUCCUGCGCCUUUGGAAUCAACAGCGAUGUUAUGGGAAAAAAUUGUGAAAAUAAUCCGUUUAAGGUCAUGGGCGAUGUGAUCUUCGAAUUGACAAACAUCCGAGGAUUCAAAAUUGUAGCUCGCGCUAUUUGGCCUUACGUAUUUUAUGGUUUAGGUUUCAGGACAUUUCCUGAUGAAAUCGACACGUUCUUCAACAGACUGCUUUCCGAUGUAUUCAAAGAGCGAAACUACAAGCCUUCCACUAGGAACGACUUUGUUGAUCUCAUGCUAAACUUUAAAGGUAGCAAAAACAUGUCUGGAGACAGUAUGAGUAAUGUAAAGUCGGAGUCCGAAAAAAAAGAGCGUAUACACUUAGAAGUGACCGACGACUUGCUGAUCGCACAAUGCAUGGUGUUUUUCGCCGCUGGUUUUGAAACUAGUGCAUCCGUCAUGUGCUUUACAUUAUACGAGUUGGCUAAAAAUCCUGAGAAGCAGCCAAGGCUGUUCGAGGAAGUGGAUGCAUAUUUGAAGAAAACUGGGGGUAAAGUUACUUAUGAUUGCUUGACAGAAUUGCCUUAUAUGGAAGCGUGUGUCAACGAAGCGAUGAGGUUAUAUCCGGUACUAGGAGUGCUGGCGCGCGAGGUGGUGGAACCGUACACGUUGCCAUCAGGCCUGGUGCUGGAGAAGGGCAUGCGCGUCCACUUGCCCGUGUACCACUUGCACCACAACGCAGACCUGUUCCCGGAGCCUGAGAAAUACCGACCGGAACGGUUCAUGGGUGAAGAGAAGCAGAAUAUUGUGCCGUAUACGUACAUGCCUUUUGGAGAAGGACCUAGAAUCUGUAUUGGAAUGCGUUUCGCCCGGAUGCAAAUGUUCGCCGGCUUGGUGACUCUCCUGAAGAAUUACAGCCUACGCCUAGCGCCAGGCAUGCCUAGAGAAGUGGACUUCGAGCCUAGGACCUUCGUUACGCAGGCGAAGAACCCCAUUAGGCUCACGCUGACGCCUCGCUCUUGCACGCAGAGGAUGGUUGCCUAAUUUUUAAGGAUAUAGCACCAUUAGGCAGUGGACAUACGCACUAUUUUUUUUCUGCCGUAGCACAAGCCCGAAUGGCUACAGAAGGUGCGGAUUCUGACUCGUCCUGUCCACAUAAAUACAGAAAAUAUUGCAUAAUUUGCCUUGUGUCAAUUUUCUACCUAUUAGGUAUGUACCUACCGGAUUCUGUGUGUAGUGAGUUUGAAAUUGAAGUGAAACUAUGUGCAAUUUUACACCUGCAAGGCAAGCAAAUAUUGGCAGAUUUCUAAAUAGGCUUACUCAUGACCACAGUCACCACAGACAAUGAUUAUGGAUUUAACAUCUGUUCGUAAUUGUCGAUAAUUAUAAUAUAUCUAGACUAAUUUUCAAUGUGGUACAUGCAUGGUGUUACCUAUGUCUCGAAAGUGACACUUAACGCCAUCUAACAGGUAGGUAACAAUAGGUAGGUAGCAACUAGAUAGUUUUUACGAUCCCAGCACUUCCACCGAUUUUUUCUGUCUAAAUUAAUUCAAAAACUUGUAAAUUUUUAUUACAAUAAAUGUUUAUUUAGGACGGCAAGUAAAAGUUCUGUCUUCUUUUAAAUUCUUUUAUAUAAGUACCAAACUAGAAUUUUGGGCCUUCGAAAUUUUCUUACCUAUAAUUUUCUAUCUAGGUACGAAGUUUUUAAUUAAAAUACAUUGAUUCGUGUGUCAUGUCAUAAGCGCCCUCAAUGAAGCGCGUCCCUGCGUAUCGAAUCCACACUCGCGUUUGCGGUGUCACGCCGCGAUACAUGCGCGAGUGUGGAGGGCGCUUUAUUUUGGAAAGAAUUGUACAAGAAGUGAGUUCUCGAUGGCACUGGAGUAUCCAGUAGAUAUAUUCGUACCUAAUUUAGUUUAAGUUUAAGACGUGUCUUUUUGUAACUAUAAAAAUAAU